AUGGAUUCAGCAAGUUUAUUGCCGCUGCUGGAGCAGCUUGAUGACCAGGUGGAUGACUUGGAAGAGCUUCUUGAGCCACUCCUCGGUCAAUCCUUGUCUAAAUCUGCCAAAAAUUUGCCGGUGAUGGACAAAGCGAAACUUCAUGUUCUAGUCACCUUCAUCCUAGAGUCUCUACUUUUUUCCUAUUUGAAACUUCAUGGCGCCAACGCGAAUCAACAUCCCGUGUUCCGGGAGCUCACCCGAGUGAAACAAUACUUUGCGAAGAUCAAGGCACUGGAAACUGAACCCGAACAACGAAAGAUGACACUUGAUAAAGGGGCUGCAGGCCGAUUUGUUAAGCAUGCUCUUGUGGGUUACAAUCUUACUCAGUCUGGAAAUGACAAGCACGACCUGGAACGGGCAGAAAGAGAGGCCAAAGAGAAGGCACGCGCUGCUGUCAAGGCUGCUCGGAUAGCCAAAAAGAUGGCUGCAGAAGCACAGAAUUCUGCAGCCCAAAAUGAGGGUGCCUCCAGUACGGCACCAUCGACCGCACCGUCCACCGCCGACUCCGACAUCGAUUCUGAUAACGAGACGAAUGACGACGCUCAGGCAAGUCGAUCCAACAAAGAGAAAAACAACAUUCAAAAGAAAAAGGUGCAGAAGAUCAAGGGUAAAACCAAGAAGAUACGAAAGCUCAACAAAGCUGAGCGCAACGACGAGAAGAAAGAACGACGACAGAAGAAGGAGAUGAUUCGCAAAGCCCAAAAAGAAGCAUGA